AUGGGGAAGGCCAGUGAACCAAUUAGAAUGCUGGUCUAUCCCGCAAGACCUCCCCCAUUAACGGGGUCUCCCCUAUUAGACAACCCGGAGUUGUACAGCGGCAAGUUCGAAGGCGACAUCGUGCUAGACGACUGGCAGAUCGAGGCUAUGGUGCAAGAGUAUGCCAUGGGCCGUAACGCGUACACCUGGCCUGAUACCAAGUGGCCGGACAACACUGUGAUUUGGGAAUUCGGUGAGGGACCAACUUUUGACCCCCAGCAGGUAGCGGACAUCGAAGAGGCUAUCGCAGACAUUGAGCGUCACACUUGCGUCAAGUUCCGCUACCGUGAGCCGAACGACACCGCUUACGUCCGUGUGACUGGUAUCGCCGGCGGUUGUUGGGCCGAUAUCGGCUACUGGGAGGCCAGAGGCGCCCACUCCUACAACGUGGCCCGCAACACCUCUGGAGUCGGCUGCUUCCGCCACGCCUCCAUCGUGCACGAGUGGAUGCACAUCCUCGGAUUCUACCAUAUGCAAGCGACCCAUGACAGAGAUGACUACAUCAGAAUCGCCUUUGAGAACAUCCAACCUGGUAAGUUCCAUUAUCUCUUGUCUCAUUUAAUACUGCUGUCUCAUUCCUACCAUGAGGACCUGACCUGA